CUCACUUCAGGAAAUAGAUUCUGAAGGCCCAGCCGCUGACAGCUGUUUGGGUGUCUGGUCAGCUGGUCUUUGUUGUAGUCGUAGUUCUAUGUUUACACACGAGUGUUACAAACCCGUGCCCACCAGCUACCACACACCCAAAAUCUUAUCAUGGCAGAUGAAGAUUUUGGAGCUGCGGAUUCUGGGGCCUCUGCAUCAUUCCCAAUUCAGUGCUCUGCACUGAGGAAGAAUGGCUUUGUCCUUCUGAAAGGUCGUCCCUGUAAGAUCGUUGAAAUGAGUACCUCUAAAACUGGCAAGCAUGGACAUGCCAAGGUUCACCUUGUAGGAAUUGACCUCUUUACUAAUAAGAAGUAUGAAGAUAUCUGCCCAUCUACCCAUAACAUGGAUGUCCCAAAUGUUAAAAGGAAAGACUUCCAGGUAUUGGACGUCAGUGCUGACAGUUACUUGUCCCUGAUGGCUGAUGAUGGAUCAACCAGAGAAGACCUUAAACUGCAAGACAAUGAUUUGGGUGCUGAAAUCCAAAAGAAGCUUGACAAUGAAGAAAACUUUAUGGUCACUGUGUUGCAAGCCAUGGGUGAAGAACAGAUUACGGGAAUUAAGACCAUGACUUAAUGUGUCCAGGACAGCGCUGGAGAACACACAGUCCCAUUCUCCAGUAUGGCUUUGAAGCUUCACCAAAGCUACUGGCCUUCACCCCGCAUCUCCACCAGUUUUUCUCGUCUUCUGAUAUCUGGAAACUGGACUGGGUCAGCUUCUUCUACUUUACCUUGGGGUCAGGGCAUUCUCUUCAAGCAAUGAAGUUGUCCUGUUGUCAUCGCAGCUUACCUUUCAAUGGCUACUGAUAUUAUUCCAGGAAUUCCUGAUAACAUUCCAGCAAUUCACAACAUUCUUUAUAGAUCAUGGGUGAUUGUUUUUUUUUAUUUUGUCUAUUACUUUUUAAAUCCCUCUUAGCUCUUGAGUUGUCGGCAAGCGUGUAUUUCAAGGCUUAUUUGCAGCUGAGGUGCUGCGCCUUGCUUCAAACAUAAAUUCUCCCCUAAAAGGAUGAUUAUAUCUUCUAUUGGAUGACCUCAAGUAAGUUCUGGCACUACUUGGUACUCUGCUCAGACCCAGAACCUAGAAGCAUAACUUAAUUAAUGGCUGGAAUAUGCCUUUCUGCCUUUGACAAAAUAUAUGCAUGCAUACGCACAAACAUAAUUGACACAUUUCUAGCAGCUAUGAAUUAUUGUAACCAGCUUCAUUUUAUUUACUCUACAUUUCAACUGCAGAUCUUGACUAGAUUUCUACAGCAUCUAGUCCGACUCAAUAAGAUCAGUCGUUUGUAGCAGGGAACUCUGGUGUCUCAGCAGUGCUGAAGCCAAACAGGCCUGGAAGGGGAGGUUGGGUGGGGUCAUUUUCUCUUCUAUGCUAUGAAACCUUUUCCUUUCACUUGAGGCCUUUUAUGAGCUGAGAUAUGUGUAGAAAAUGAUUUUGAAAGAACACUGAAAACCUUAACUAUUAGCAACACCAUUAGCUAAAGAUGACAAGUUCUUGGCACACAACUUUACAUUUUACAUCCUCUAGGACAGAGCCAAACCUAGAUGGUAGUUCCGUUUAAUUAUCCACGUCAUCUUGUCAUGGGAGACGGUGGUGCCCCAAAACAGAUGAGUGGUACCAUGGAGCUAUGUUUUGAGUUGCAGGUGGGGGAAAAAGUACUUAAUAGAGAAAUACAUUUGGGAAUUGUAGGUUUGUUUGCAGUUUAAUGGGAUUUUUAAGCAUUUUGUGCAGAGUUUGCACUCAAAAAUGGAAUGUGGGUCACAAUAUGUUUUAUGUAAUAAAAUACCAAAUUUGCUAAAUGGUGGUUCUCUACGUUUACAUUCACACAAUAAAAUUGUUAUUUAGAGACAUCAGGUAAUUGCAAGAAAAUCAGAAUGCGUUUACAUGCACUGCAUUAACGUGGUCGCUGUAGAAUCUGCAUUUCCAUGCAGGUAGUCAGAUUUCUCCCCUACCUCCAAUCAUUAAAUGAAAACUGUAAAAUUAGUUAAAAGUAUUUGCAAUAUAUUUGAAGCGCUUUUUUCUUCUCUUUCUAUUUCUGAUCUGAGCAUUUGCACUAAUUGUGCAUUGAGGGGUUGUGUGUUAAGAAAUGUGCUGUGGAAAUACUUAGACUUGUUUGUUUUAGUCGGACUUUAGAUUUUUGCUACUUUUUGCAUUGUCACAGCAAUACCUUUCCUACUUCAAAUUUUGAUCAUGAAUCUGUUCUUGUAAAAAUCAGUUAAGUGUGUAUAAAUAGCCAAGAAAAAUUGUUUCUCUGGCUGAGAUCCCUCAAUCCCUUACAGUCGGUAAGGAAAGUGUUUACAAUACAUUUUAUGGCAUCUGAUUACUGCCAAAAGUUGACAAUAAUCAGAUGACUGUGUAAGUGUGUAAGCACUGAUAGUAAUAUUAUAAUUGGAAGGUUCUGUCCAGCUUUCAAGUUGUCCUUUUUGUACAACAGCAGCCGGUCUGUUAUUUUUGUUCUAACUUCAGUCCAGUCCUUCAGUAUUUUUUUUUUUUAAUUUCUGUCAAGACACCAAAGUAAUCCACUGAAUGAUGUAUUGUGCAUUAAUUUUGUUUCUCAUUCCAUUCUUGUACAGUGUGUGGUGUUCUGCUUGAAAACUAUCAUGUUAGGAGCUCUGGAAGCACAACAGUGGCUUCCAACUCUGGCUUUUUCUUCUAGCCAUCUAAAUGUUUAAUUGUGAUACAAAACAGCACAGCAAAACCCUGGAAUGCAAGACCAAAGGUGGAAGCCACAUGUAUGUGCUACUAGUACAUUUAUUGAGUAUUCAUUCCUUUUUUCAAGCAGGAGAAGCAUUCAUCUAGCAAAUUAACACAUUAAAGGCAGCAGUAUAGUAGAAACAUUGACAUGCGCCACACAGUCUCAUGACUGAGAUCCUAUUGCAUAUGGGGCACAUGGAAGACAACUUGAAGUCCUUGCUUGCAUUGAUAUGCAAAUAAUUCCUCUCACAAAUUCAGCCUGCAGUUCUGCAAACUGAUCUUAUCCUCUGGGAAUGAAGGGCCUAAAGAUGGUGUGUUAAACCUAACCUGUUAUAUGCAAAUUGCAGUAAAAGCUCUCGAGGUAGUAAAUAAAGUUGGCCAAGAAUUAAACUUGUUUGAUCAGCGAGUUCUGUCCUUCAUUUUGGUUGCAAACUUACCAUUGUGCCUGUGAAAACCAGAUUUAGUUCCUAGUAUACUGCUUCCUUAAAUAUAUGGCUAGAUUUCCAAAUGUCUCCAAAUCAUAAUGUCCAAUCAGUAGUGUAAUUUAAUAGUUGUAGCAUGAGGUUUGUGAAUCAUUCUCCCUCCACAGCCCUAAUAGAACUUAAAGCCAUAUUUGUACUCUGUUACACGUGUCUAUAACAAAGGUCACGAGCAGGGAAAUUGAAUGCUUUUUAACUUCAGUUCCCUUCAAUGAAUCAUCUGCCCUGGCCUCUGAUAUGUAGCACUCUAAUUCAGUUUGAAAAAAAUGUUUACACUGUAAAGGAGAUGUUUUGUCCUUGUUGGCUUCACAUGCUGAUCCGAGGGCAGAUUUUCUCAGGGCUCCAAACAGAGUGUUAGGAGAUAUGUUACUUUAACGUUCAACAGUGGGAUAAUAAAUUGGAUUAAAAAACAAA